UAUGGUGAAUGGUAAUAUCUAUUAUCUACCCAUUCAUUGGUUCUUUGGUUAUAAUAUUAUCUAAUAUCUAUAUACAUCAACAUGGCAUGCUCUCAGCUGCAGCCUGCAGCUAUAAUAAAUAAUAUUUAUAAUAAUAUAUCAUGUGACAUGUAUUCAGUAUUGUAAUGAUUGUUCCAUCUGCGGACUGCGAUUUGUUACAAGCGUUUUACUGUUUUAGCGUUUUAGACGUUUCGGAUUGUCCAUGUGUCAAAUGUCAAUGAUUUAUUCGAAUUUGAUUGUCACAAAAUGUCUACACCAAAUACAAAGUCAGUCCUCAAUAGGCAUUUUCCAUUUGCUAAGAAAAAACCGAAUAUACCUUCUAAACUAUCAGAUAAAGUUGAUACAAAGAUAAAUAAACAAAAAUUGAUUGAAGACAAAAGUUUCCCCAUUGUUAAAACCACUGAGUCAAAUCGAUGUGAUGUUCUAACGGAAAAUAAUGAAAAGGCUAAACCUGUUCAAGAAAAACUGUGUUGUAAUGAAAUUCCUAAAAAUACUAUACCAGCAACCUUUAAAACAGUUUUGUCUCAAAAUGAUGAUUCAGAAAUUUUACCAAAAAAAAACAAGUCUAUUUCUCGGAAAUCAUCUAAUGUAUCAGAGGUUAGUUUAGGAGAGAUCAAAAAACCUAAAGAGAACUAUCAACGUUGGAAUAUUCCUUUCUCAAGCAAAUUUAAAGGCAAAGAAUUUGAUAAAACACUAUUGACUAUGCAAGAUCUAAUAUAUUAUAAUCCAGUGACCAAUCCUAUAAUCAAAGAACCUAAAGUGGAACACAAAGAAGAAGAUGAUCCAGAUAAUGAUUUGUUGUCUAUAGAUUCCGAACAAAAGCCAACAGUUCUUAAUAACUGUAUAACUCCGUGUAUCAAAGUAGGUAUUGAUGGCAAAAUUAUAAUUGAUCAAGAAACAUUAACUUUAAAUGAGACUGGUCUUGAAGAAAAACGUGAAGAAUUAGCUAAAUCUAAAGUUAUUGAAGAAUCUGCAUACCAUUCAAGGAGCUAUUCUUAUAAACGCAAAAAGGAAGCUUCUAGACAGUGGUCCAAAGAUGAAACUCUUAAAUUUUAUAAAUGUUUGAUGAAUUUUGGUACUGACUUUUCUAUGAUUCAGCAAUAUUGUCCUAAUCGAACACGAGCUCAAAUCAAGCGAAAAUAUAAAACAGAAGAAAAAAAAAAUCUUCAACUUGUGAAUGGUGCACUAACUAACACAACACACUUUGAUAGUGCUAGCAUUGAAGAUAUGCUUGAAAAUGAUAAAAUCGAAGAAAAACUUGAUAAAUGUGCAGAUUCAGAAGCCAACAAUAAAAACAUUGAUCGUAGACGUCAUCAAAAUAUAAAACGGUCAGAUUGUAGUAAAAUAAGCAUGUGUGCCUAUAUGUUGGAAGAAGAAAUUGUAAUUAAGAAUAAAAGAAAAUGUCCUACUGAAAUAAUUUCAGCUAAGAAAUUGAAAAAAGAGCUAGUCAAUAUACCAAGUGUAAAGAACAAGAAAAAAAACCACACACUGUCACACACAAGCUCUGAAGUGGAUACAAAUAAAGAAUUCUUAAAACAUGAUAUUAAUGAAAAUAAUGAUGAGAAACCUAAAGUUCGAACAUUACAAGAUUUUCAUGAAGAAUAUCAGGAAUGUAUUACUAAAUACGAAGAAUCAAAUAGCGAAUAAAAACAAAAAUAUUUAAAACAUUGUUGAUUUUGUUACAUUAUGUAAAUUACGUUGUUCACUAAAACUGAUAUUGUUACAGGGCUUAUUAUAAUACUAUUUUUAAUACAAUAAAUGUUUUUUUUUAUUUUAGA